AAUCUAAUUCUUCUUCACCGUCUGACAACACUAAAAAUUUGAUUAUCAAAUGGGAUAAUACAAAUAAGUGUAAAUGCGGAAAAUGUGUCAAGGCUUACCCACGCGAUGUAAAAAGUUAUAAAGAGGCCAUGAAGAUUAAAGGUAUUGGUGAUAGGAUUGGAAAUCUUAUUAAAAAAUAUUUUGAAUUGGAUACAAUCCCUGAAGCAGAAAAAAUACUGGAUGAUCCUAGAUUCCUAACAUUGGAUUUAUUUACACGUGUUUUUGGCGUUGGAACUAAGAAAGCAAACGAAUGGUAUAAUAAAGGAUACGAGACAAUAGAUGAUUGUAAGAAAGAUCCAAAUUUAACAAAUGUACAAAAAAUAGGAUUGGAAGUGUUUGAUGAUUUUCAGAAAAAAAUGACACGUGAAGAUGUUGAAGAAAUUUUCGAAAUUUUGAAUAAAGAAGUCAAAAGCAUUGAUUCACAAUAUUUCUUAACAAUUGUUGGUGGUUAUCGUAGAGGUAAAGAAUUUAAUGGGGAUUUGGAUGUGAUAUUAUCGCAUCCUGAAGAAGAAUUAGAACCAUUUAUAUUAAAGAAAAUAGUGAACAGACUUGCUGAUAAAGCAUUCAAUAGAAUUAAACUUGUUUAUACAUCAAAACUAAUUGAUUACCCUGUAUCAUAUCAAACAAGACACACACUUGCAAUUCUACAUAAUAAUGAAGGAAUCUGUGAAAUGGUAAGUAUAGUUCGCCAAGCUUGUAUGGCACCCUUAUCUCCACAAAAUCUUUUUAAUAUAGCUAAGAUUGAAGAAGGACGUGACAAACAAUGGAUAAGGAAUUUAAAUCAAAUCACAAAACGUAAUUCUGAGAGAGCACUUGAAUUGCAAAGUUUACGUGUAGACCUUAAUUUUUUUGAUUGGGACCAAAGCCAAAUUGUUGAUAAAAAUUAUCAAUCAAAAAUUGAAGUCUCGGAGAAAAUUGAUUUAGAGACAAUGUAUGAAUCAGCACUUAAUGGAAUUUUUGGUUUUUCAGACUUUCGUGAUGGACAAAAAGAUGCAAUCUUAUCUUUUGCUCAAAAUCAUGAUACUCUUGUUCUGAAACAAACAGGUGGUGGCAAAAAAAUUGUGGCACGUCUUGGUAUAAACCAUCAAAAAAUAUUAGUAAUUCGUGAUAAAUAUUUUGGAAAUAAUUCAAUUAUUUUCCAAGUACAAAAAAGAAGGGACAAUAAAGAACAAUUCUUGGAAGAUAUUCUGAGGGCUAUUAAUGAAGUUGAAGUUGGAAAAUGCAUUAUUUAUUGUGCAUCUGUAAAAGGAUGUGAGAAUUUAUUAUCAGAUCUCCAAGACAAGAUUGCAAAAGAAAUAAUUACUAUGUAUCAUGGUGAAUUUUCUGCUAAAGAAAAGUCCAAAAAGAUAUUAGAACAGUUAUGGGAAUUUAUUCAGGAAGACAGGAAAGGAGAUCCUAUGCCUGAGGUAUGUAUGGUUUGUGAUAAUUGUGUACGGAGAAUGGCUGAUAAUCCAAGUUUUGUAAAUGUUAAAUCAAAUAUGCAAAAGAUGUUAGAGGUUAUAGAUGCAAUUAGUAAGGUAAAACAACAGUUUGGUCAUUUGCCAGUAUAUCAGGAAAAAUUUCCAAGAAUCUUAAAAACAAAAGAAGAUGCCUUUUUACUAUUGGAUGAUUUAGUUUUACGUAAAUUAGUUGAAGAAGAUAUUGUAUUGACUAGGUCAUCAGCAGGUCAAACUUGUGUUUGUAGUGUUUCUAUUCUUGGCCUUACUGAAGAUGCAUUUGCAAAAGCCAAUAAUCAAAAUUGGAUAUAUCUGAUAAAAUAA